AAAGAGAAAGACACUCAAAAAAUUGGGGGGUAAUUGUCAAUUAUCCAUCAAUUCAGCACUUGAGCUUUUUCUUACUAGUUACCCACACAGUCCUCCAUCCCUGAGAGAGAGGGAGAGAGGGAGAGAGGGGGAGGGAGACUUCCAACUGAAAAUGGCGGCAUGCGCGAUCAAUUCAGUAUCCUCAGCAUGGAGUAUGGCUUCUCUGAGAUCAACUCUUCCUCGUAUCGAUGCGUCUUCUGCAUCUUCAAUUCGCUUCCCUGCUCGGUUUUCUCCAUAUCGACUGAAGCUUUACCGACCGAAGCCCCAACCAAGAAUUCCACACUCCUUCAUGGGGUUUGCUCCUUUUCAUUCGCUUCCAUCUCUUCUUUCUCAAGAUUUGUCAAGUUUUGAGCACUCGUUAACUGCGGUUGGGAACAGAUGCCGAGUGUUUGCCAUGAGACAUGGUAGGAGAGUUCCAAAACUGAACAGACCUCCUGACCAGCGACGAGCACUCUUGCGGGGCCUCACAACUCAGCUUCUCAAACAUGGGCGUAUUAUGACAACAAGAGCGAGAGCCAAAGCUAUGAGAAAAUAUGUUGACCAUAUGAUUACUUUGGCAAAGGAAGGCUCACUUCACAAACGAAGGCAAGCCCUUGGCUUCAUCUACGAGAAACAGAUUGUGCACGCCUUAUUUGCCGAGGUUCAAGAGAGAUAUGGGGACAGAAAUGGCGGAUACACUAGGAUAAUAAGAACUCUACCUCGGCGGGGGGAUAAUGCUCCAAUGGCUUAUAUUGAGCUUGUCUAGUGACGAACUGUUCAUAUUGGCCCAUUCUCUUUCCAUGCAAGUUUCUUCUACCUUUGCCUUGUUCAAUUGGUAUGCACUCUUUUGAAUUCUUGAUUUGAUGGUUGGGUAUCUGGCUGUAAAAUGUACUAUAAAUACGCUUUUAUGUCUAUUAUGGAAAGCAACAACAAUUGAGUUGAUUCUUACAAAAGUAGGCUCUGGGUAUGCGCAGACCUUAUCCUUAUUCGAAAUUUCCAAAUCCCUAGCUCAAGCAGGUAAUCAUGUACGAAGCCCUCUAUAUUUAAAACAUAGAGCAAUUGCUUUUGGAU